ACUUUGAGAGGCCAAGAUGAGUGUCAGCAAAUAAAUAUGUAUAAUACACCAGCUUCUGGGAAGUACUUUGAAGGAAAAUGAAGCAGAUUAAGGAGGGUAGAGUGACAUGGUUAAGAGAAUGUGGUUUUUUAGAUGGGAGAUCAGAGAAGACCUCUCUGGUAAGGAGACAUUUGAGUCAAAAUCUGAAGAAGGAGGGAGUGAGUCAUCUGAGUCUGUGAAGAAUUUUCUAAGCAAGGCGAGCAGCAAGCACGAAGGCUCUCAGGAAGGAGUGUGCUUGGUGAGUUCUAAGAACAAGCAGGCCAGUGUAGCUGGAAAGCAGUGAGCAGGAGACCGUGGGCAGGAGAGGACAUGAGAGAGGUGACAGAGUGGAUCACUGAGGACCCUGCAAGUGGUGUUGACAUGGGAUUUCACCAUAUUGGCCAGGCUGGUCUCGAACUCCUGACCUCGUGAUCCACUGGCUUCUGCCUCCCAAAGUGCUGGGAUUACAGGUGUGAGCCACCGCACUGGCUUACCAAGGCAGACAAGUUCAUCUUCAAGAAAACUAAGAGAUCUCUUCCCCUGACAAAAAACAACUCCAUGUUUGAUGGGACUCAGACCUGGGCUCUUCUGUCACCUCUAGGUAGGGAGGUCUUGGAGAGCAAGGUUGCUGCUUUUGCUCAGAGGACAUCCAUGACCCUAAUGGUCUUUUUGUUCAAGAUAAAGUGAUUUAUUGCCUUUGUUGAUUAACCGGACAAAUUCAGCAUGUAGAGCGCAUGAAGUACAGGACAAUAAAGCUUCCUACACAUAUCACCAGAAGGAUCUCUUUGAAAGAUUCACUGCAGGACUACCAGAGAGAAUAAUUUGUCUGAAGCAUCAUGUGUUGAAACAACAGAAGUCUAUUCACCUGUGCACUAACUAGAAACAGAGUUACAAUGUUUUCAAUUCUUUGAGCUCCAGGACUCCAGGGAAGUGAGUUGAAAAUCUGAAAAUGCGGCCAUGGACUGGUUCCUGGCGUUGGAUUAUGCUCAUUCUUUUUGCCUGGGGGACCUUGCUGUUUUAUAUAGGUGGUCACUUGGUACGAGAUAAUGACCAUCCUGAUCACUCUAGCCGAGAACUGUCCAAGAUUCUGGCAAAGCUUGAACGCUUAAAACAGCAGAAUGAAGACUUGAGGCGAAUGGCCGAAUCUCUCCGGAUACCAGAAGGCCCUAUUGAUCAGGGGCCAGCUAUAGGAAGAGUACGCGUUUUAGAAGAGCAGCUUGUUAAGGCCAAAGAACAGAUUGAAAAUUACAAGAAACAGACCAGAAAUGGUCUGGGGAAGGAUCAUGAAAUCCUGAGGAGGAGGAUUGAAAAUGGAGCUAAAGAGCUCUGGUUUUUCCUACAGAGUGAAUUGAAGAAAUUAAAGAACUUAGAAGGAAAUGAACUCCAAAGACAUGCAGAUGAAUUUCUUUUGGAUUUAGGACAUCAUGAAAGGUCUAUAAUGACGGAUCUCUACUACCUCAGUCAGACAGAUGGAGCAGGUGAUUGGCGGGAAAAAGAGGCCAAAGAUCUGACAGAACUGGUUCAGCGGAGAAUAACAUAUCUUCAGAAUCCCAAGGACUGCAGCAAAGCCAAGAAGCUGGUGUGUAAUAUCAACAAAGGCUGUGGCUAUGGCUGUCAGCUCCAUCAUGUGGUCUACUGCUUCAUGAUUGCAUAUGGCACCCAGCGAACACUCAUCUUGGAAUCUCAGAAUUGGCGCUAUGCUACUGGUGGAUGGGAGACUGUAUUUAGGCCUGUAAGUGAGACAUGCACAGACAGAUCUGGCAUCUCCACUGGACACUGGUCAGGUGAAGUGAAGGACAAAAAUGUUCAAGUGGUCGAGCUUCCCAUUGUAGACAGUCUUCAUCCCCGUCCUCCAUAUUUACCCUUGGCUGUACCAGAAGACCUCGCAGAUCGACUUGUACGAGUGCAUGGUGACCCUGCAGUGUGGUGGGUGUCUCAGUUUGUCAAAUACUUGAUCCGCCCACAGCCUUGGCUAGAAAAAGAAAUAGAAGAAGCCACCAAGAAGCUUGGCUUCAAACAUCCAGUUAUUGGAGUCCAUGUCAGACGCACAGACAAAGUGGGAACAGAAGCUGCCUUCCAUCCCAUUGAAGAGUACAUGGUGCAUGUUGAAGAACAUUUUCAGCUUCUUGCACGCAGAAUGCAAGUGGACAAAAAAAGAGUGUAUUUGGCCACAGAUGACCCUUCUUUAUUAAAGGAGGCAAAAACAAAGUACCCCAAUUAUGAAUUUAUUAGUGAUAACUCUAUUUCCUGGUCAGCUGGACUGCACAAUCGAUACACAGAAAAUUCACUUCGUGGAGUGAUCCUGGAUAUACAUUUUCUCUCUCAGGCAGACUUCCUAGUGUGUACUUUUUCAUCCCAGGUCUGUCGAGUUGCUUAUGAAAUUAUGCAAACACUACAUCCUGAUGCCUCUGCAAACUUCCAUUCUUUAGAUGACAUCUACUAUUUUGGGGGCCAGAAUGCCCACAAUCAAAUUGCCAUUUAUGCUCACCAACCCCGAACUGCAGAUGAAAUUCCCAUGGAACCUGGAGAUAUCAUUGGUGUGGCUGGAAAUCAUUGGGAUGGCUAUUCUAAAGGUGUCAACAGGAAAUUGGGAAGGACGGGCCUAUAUCCCUCCUACAAAGUUCGAGAGAAGAUAGAAACGGUCAAGUACCCCACAUAUCCUGAGGCUGAGAAAUAAAGCUCAGAUGGAAGAGAUAAACGACCAAACUCAGUUCGACCAAACUCAGUUCAAACCAUUUGAGCCAAACUGUAGAUGAAGAGGGCUCUGAUCUAACAAAAUAAGGUUAUAUGAGUAGAUACUCUCAGCACCAAGAGCAGCUGGGAACUGACAGAGGCUUCAAUUGGUGGAAUUCCUCUUUAACAAGGGCUGCAAUGCCCUCAUACCCAUGCACAGUACAAUAAUGUACUCACAUAUAACAUGCAAACAGGUUGUUUUCUACUUUGCCCCUUUCAGUAUGUCCCCAUAAGACAAACACUGCCAUAUUGUGUAAUUUAAGUGACACAGACAUUUUGUGUGAGACUUAAAACAUGGUGCCUAUAUCUGAGAGACCUAUGUGAACUAUUGAGAAGAUCGGAACAGCUCCUUACUCUGAGGAAGUUGAUUCUUAUUUGAUGGUGGUAUUGUGACCACUGAAUUCACUCCAGUCAACAGAUUCAGAAUGAGAAUGGACGUUUGGUUUUUUUGUUUUUGUUUUUGUUUUUUCCUUUAUAAGGUUGUCUGUUUUUUUUUUUAAAUAAUUGCAUCAGUUCAUUGACCUCAUCAUUAAUAAGUGAAGAAUACAUCAGAAAAUAAAAUAUUCACUCUCCAUUAGAAAAUUUUGUAAAACAAUGCCAUGAACAAAUUCUUUAGUACUCAAUGUUUCUGGACAUUCUCUUUGAUAACAAAAAAUAAAUUUUAAAAA